AUGGUUGAAGUUAAAUUAUGUGUUGGAAAACUUGAUGGAACUACUGAAUAUCGUCGAAUAGGUAUUCCCAUUUUAACACCUUCAACCGAUGUUUUAUCGAUUUUACGUGCAAAACUUUCUCAAUUAUUUCCUGAAUUAACAUCAGAUUCAAAUGGAAUUCAUGUAGAAUUUCAAUACGAAGAUGAUGUUCGUGGUCUUGUAUCCGUAACAUCUUCUGAUGGAAUAAAUGAAGCUGCACGUGAUCAAGCAUCACGUCAACAACUUCUUCGUGUUUUUGUUAAAUUUAUAGAUGAAGGUGGUGCUCCAUUAAAAUAUCUUCCACCAAAACAUGUUGGUGUUAUAUGUGAUGGUUGUAAUCGUUCACCAAUAAUUGGUAUUCGUUAUAAAUGUCUUGAAUGUUUUGAUUAUGAUUUAUGUGAAUCAUGUGCUGAUAGACAAUUAAUUCAUUCUCAUCAUGUUAUGGCUAAAAUUCGAACACCACAUCAAAUUGAUGUUGUUAGAAAACUUUGUUCAACUAGUCAACAACCGAAUGUCUCUCCAAAUAAUAAACCAAAUACAAUAAAUAUCCCUCAAUUAAUUGUUAAUCAAUCAACAGAUAUUGACAAAGAUAAAUAUUAUAAUUCAAAUGGAACACAAACAAUAUCUAUUGUUGAAGAAAAAGAUAAUGAAGAUGAUAUUGAAAUUAUUCCAAAUAAUAUUAUUCAAGAUGAUUUUGUUCAAUUAGAUUUACAUGAAAUUAAUGAACAAACAAAUAUGGUUCGUUUAUCUUAUAUUUAG